GCACACUUACUGACAGUAGCUAAGUGAACCUGCUGCGGGAUUCAUCGAUCACUUCUGACCAACCAUGUGGACUGCAGUAGCUUUGCUUGUGGCCUUUAUUCACUUUUUCUUCGCCGUUGUCUACUUCUACUUGACUUGGUCACACAAAUACUGGGAAAAGCGGGGAGUUUUGAGCGCAAAACCUCUUUCUAUUUUUGGAACCUAUCCUGGUAUCCUAGUUAACAAGAGCCGCAGUUUCAUUCUAGACGUUCAGGAUGUUUACGACAAGUACAAAGGAAAGCACCGCGCUGUGGGCACCUUCAUUACCAGGCAACCACAACUGCUGAUUUUGGAUCCAGCUCUGGCCCAUGAGAUCUUGGUAGACAAGUUCAGUCACUUUCGGGACACGAUAACUAGCAGCUUUGUGGGACACAAUCCUCAUGACAAGUAUGUUAUGAGAUCUCCGUUCUUCAGCGCUGGCGAUGAGUGGAAGCGGCUGCGCACUGAAAACGGGGCUGGAUUGACGCCAAACCGACUGAGGAUGGCCUUCAACAUUUGGGAGCAAAGUGGUCGAAGGCUGGUCGAAUACAUGGAGCGGGCUAGGCGGGAGAAGGGCGACAUAAUCGAAACCAGGGAUCUGGCCUAUCGCUUCACGGCCACCACCAUGGCCGACUUUAUCUGGGGCAUCGACGCCAACGCACUGAGUGGGAAAGUUGGAGAGGUGGGAGUGUUGCAGAAAUCCUCCACUGACUGGACUACAAGUGCUUUUAGCUCAGUUAUGAAGUUUAACAAGUCCCUGGUGGCGCCGUUCCUUCGCAAAAUUUUAGGAAUGCGUUUCUUUCCCAAGGCCACGGAUGAGUUCUUCCUAAAAUUGACCCAGGACGCAGUAAAACUGCGGCAAGGUGGCAGCGGCGAAGGCCGCUCGGAUUACCUUUCCCACCUGAUCCAGUUGCAGCAACGCGGCAACACCAUCCACGACUCUGUGGGCCAUGCUCUCACGGUCCACCUGGACGGAUACGAGACUUCCGGAGCGGUGCUCUAUCACAUGUUAUAUUCGCUCAGCGAGCAUACCGAAGAACAGGAAAAGUUGCGCUCGGAAAUUUUGGAAGCCCUGGCCCUCAACGAGACUAUAAGCUACGAGCAGAUUAACGCCCUGCCAUAUCUGGACCAAUGCUUCAAUGAAUCUUUGCGCCUUACAACUCCUAUCGGUUUCUUCAUGCGAAUCUGCACCAAGGCCGUUGAGAUAGAUUUAGGAAACGAAAAAACCCUCAACCUGGAACCAGGCAUAAGUGUUCUGGUGCCCGCUUAUCAGUACCAUCACGACGAAGCCUUCUACCCGGAGGCAAGCGAGUUCCGGCCGAAGAGGUUUGAGGAUGGAGCCGCGGGUGUUUUCAACAAACGUGGAAUGUUCCUGCCAUUUGGCGAUGGUCCACGUAUUUGUUUGGGUAUGCGUGUUGGACAACUGACUGUCAAAACUGCUAUACUAAACAUAAUCUCAAACUAUCUGGUGGAACAGACGAACAAGGUGUCCCUGGGAGCAGACACGGGAUUGGGAAUAUUCCUCAAUGGUGACGUUAUGUUGAAAUAUACAAAACUGGAAAAAUAAAUUUGUUACCAUAUUUA